GCGUCGUUGCGCACCGCUGCUCUGUCCGCAUACACCGCAGCAUCCGCCUCCAACCCCACAGCACCGACACAACACCGAGCCACAGCUGAAGCAGCGCCGUAGCACAGGCGGACACACACACACACACACACACACACACACAAACACACACACAGUGACACAAACAGACGGACAGACGGAGAAGCCGCGAACAUGGACGCCGUGCCCGCGCUCAUCCACAUCUCCAUCUCUCUGAAGAUUCAGCCCAACGACGGAGCGGUUUUCUUUAAGGUGGACGGAAGCCGCUUCGGUCAAACCCGGACCAUCAAACUGCUGACAGGCUCCAAAUAUAAGAUGGAGGUGGUAAUGAAGCCGGGGAGCGUGGAGGCCACCAACAUGAACAUUGGGGGCGUGGUCUUCCCUCUGGAGCAGCAGUCCAGAGACGAUGACUCGGUGGUUUACCACGGUCAGUAUGUCACCGAGGGCGUCCCUCACACCAAGAGCGGAGACAGACAGCCCGUCCAAGUCAGCAUUGAGUUUAACAAAGCAGGGACGUUUGAGACGGUGUGGCAGGCAAAAUACUACAACUACUACAAGAGGGAUCAGAGUCAGUGUGGAAACGAGUUUAGCUGCAUCGAGUACGAGUGUAAACCCAACGAGACCAGGACCCUGAUGUGGAUCAACAAGGAGACGUUCAACUGAGUCCCCGCCGGGACCAACGUCAACGUCCAAUCACACCUGUGACGUGCUUUAAAGCUGCUCUCUGAACCACCGCGAACACUCAGGAAAACAAAAUGGCCGACAGAGGAAAAGAUGGAGCCAUUUCCUAUAAAAUCACUCUUUUAUGAAA